AUGGAUUAUCGGCGCGUACAGCUUUCUUCUUUAUUUGUCUAUUUAUUUAUUAACCAGUUAUUUAUUUUAAUCACCGCAAAAGAACAUGUGUUACUUGACAUGAAGUCAUCUGGUGCUGAAUUAGGGUGGUUGACCUGGCCGAAUGAUGGAGGGUGGGAGAUAGUACAGACGGUAGUGAACGGUUCUAUGCUUUACACAUACAGCGUGUGUAAUGUAGCCAGCGAGACAGAACAAGACAACUGGUUACGGACCACGUUUAUCCAGCGCCGGCCUGACGUCUCCCGCGUGUCUGUGGAACUUCGUUUCGUCGUGCGAGCGUGCAACACGUUCGGCGGCACUCCCCCCGGCUGCCGGGAGACGUUCGGCCUUUACGCGUACGAGUCGGACUCCGACGUGGGCACCAGUUUCCGGAAGGGUCAGUUCCGGAAAGUGGCCACCGUGGCGCCGGACGAGGUGACGGCGAACAAGGGCGGGGGGCGGUCGGACCUCCAGGUGAACGUGGAGACGCGUAGCGUGGGGCCUCUCUCCAUGCGGGGGUUCUACCUGGCGUUCCAGGACGUCGGGGCGUGUGUGGCCCUCCUAUCGGUGAAGGUUUACUAUACCACCUGUCCGGCUACGCAGCGCGGUCUGGCCGCCUUCCCCGAGACGGUGACCGGAGGGCCCCUGACAGAGGUGGAGGGGGCGUGUGUGGAGAAGGCUGUGGUCGUUGGACAGGUGCCGCACAAAGCUUCCCAGCCUCGCAUGUACUGUACCGCCAGCGGGGAGUGGAUCCUGCCCGUAGGCCAGUGCCAGUGCCAGGCGGGUUACCAGGCAGUCGGGGAGACCUGUCAAGCAUGUGACGCAGGCUCUUUUAAGACGGACGUGUCCGCCGAGCCUUGUCAGGCGUGUCCUGAGAACACGGAACCUUCUGGACCCGGGGCUGUCCUGUGCCCCUGCAAGGAAGGCUUCUACAGGGCCCCCUCUGAUCCCCCCUCUACACCCUGCUCCGCUCCUCCAAGUCCUCCUCUCGACUUGGAGUCCACUCCUCAGCUGGUCGCUGGAUCUGUUAAGCUCACCUGGAGCCCUCCCCAGGUCACGGGGGGCCGAGAGGACGUCACUUACAAUGUGUUAUGCGAGCGCUGUGCCGCCGAUGAGUGUGUGUUAUGCGGUAGCAGGGUGCGUUUUGACCCUGGGCAUACAGGCCUGAGUGAACCCUCGGUCACAGUCAGUGAGCUGGAGCCUCAUGUUAACUACACGUUUACAGUGGAGGCACACAGUGGCGUUUCUCAAUACAGCCAGCAGAGGGCAGCAGCCAGCAUCACUACUGUUCUCCACUUUACAGAUCCUCCUAAAGUGACGUCGCUGCGGCUGGAGGAGCGCAGUACCACCAGUCUCUCUUUGUCCUGGGAGGUCGAUCGGCGCCUCCUGCCCUCCUACUCCCCACGUUAUGAACUCAUGUACCGCAAGAAGGAGGCUCAGGGAGAGUUAGAUAUCACUACAUACGUAGUGCUGGUCCUGGAGAAGAACUCGGUCCAGAUUAAUGACCUCUCCCCCGGUACCAAGUACAUGUUCCGGGUCCACACGCUGACACCGGAGGGUCACCCUAGCAGUCACAGUGCAGAGCACGAGUACGAGACACUCUCAGUGGCGGAGUCGCAGACGCAGAAUAGUUCCAUGGUUGUCAUGGGAGCACUUGCCGGGGGCGGAAUUAUGCUUCUUAUCGUGGUGGUCAUUUUACUGCUCCACAAAAGGAAGCUGGGUUUACACAGCCGACAGAGGUCAAACAUCAACUAUUUCUCCUGCCCAGAAAAACUGCAGCCCCUCAAAAGCUACGUGGACCCCCACACAUAUGAGGACCCCUGUGCCGCAGUCCUCAAGUUCGCGACGGAGAUCCACCCCAAUCACGUCACCAAGCAGAAAGUCAUCGGAGCAGGAGAGUUCGGCGAAGUCUUCCGCGGCCUGCUGAAGGUCCCGGGCCGUGGCGAGGUCGCCGUGGCGAUAAAGACGCUGAAGCCGGGCUACACGGAGAAACAGAGGCAGGACUUCCUGAGCGAAGCGAGCAUCAUGGGACAAUUCUCCCACCAAAACAUCAUCCGCUUGGAAGGAGUCGUCACCAAAUUCAAACACGCGAUGAUCAUCACAGAGUAUAUGGAGAAUGGAGCUCUGGACAGCUUCUUGAAGGACCACGACGAGGAGUUUUCCUCGUAUCAGUUACUGGGCAUGCUCAGUGGGAUUGCGGCGGGAAUGAAGUACCUGUCGGACAUGAACUACGUGCACAGGGAUCUGGCCGCACGGAACAUCCUGGUCAACGGGAACCUGGAGUGCAAGGUGUCGGACUUUGGGCUGUCUCGGGUGCUCGAGGACUUUCCCGAGGGGACCUAUACAACGACCGGAGGAAAGAUUCCUAUUCGCUGGACGGCGCCGGAGGCCAUAGCAUGCAGGAAGUUCACCUCGGCCAGUGACGUCUGGAGUUUUGGCAUUGUCAUGUGGGAGGUGAUGUCUUAUGGAGAGCGACCAUACUGGGAAAUGAGCAACCAGGAGGUGAUGAAGGCCAUAAACGAGGCCUUCCGGUUACCCGCCCCUAUGGGCUGCCCUGCCGCCGUCUAUCAGCUGAUGCUGGAGUGUUGGAUGCAGGACCGCUCCAAGCGCCCUCGUUUCGUCGACAUCGUCAAUCGACUGGACAAACUGCUGAAAAACCCAGAGACCCUGAAAUCCAUCGCCUGCGUUGACCCGCGCGUCUCCAUUCGGCUUCCCAGCACCAGCGGCAGUGAUGGAGCACCAUUCAAGUCAGUGGAUGAGUGGCUGGACUCUAUGAAAAUGGGACAAUAUCGAGAGACCUUCAGCCACGCCGGAAUCACGACCAUGGAACAAGUGCUACGCCUGAACACUGAGGACAUAAAGAAUAUCGGGGUGCGUUUGCCGGGGCACCAGAGGAGAAUUGCCUACAGCAUCCUGGGUAUGCAGGAACCCACAGGCCCUCUGGAUGUUUUUGCAGUGUGA